AUUUGUUCGCGAUUUAUGGAUAUUUGGUGGCGCGAAAUUUACUUCUGGCCAAUCAGAGUGACUUUGGCCUCUGAUGUUUUCCCUCGUCUUUUUGCUGCGGAUGUCAGAUUCCCGCGCAUUUUGCUCCGUGUUGGGCUAUUGAGACCAAAGAGCCAACGCGGGUGGAGGCAGUGUUACGAUUCUUUCUUUAGUGUACUGUGGAUUGAAGUUGUGGAAAUUGGUUGUGGAUAAUCUCCUUAUUUGUCAUUGAAUUAGGAGUGUGAUAUUGGACAAAUUAAGCAUUCCUUAUUUCGUGUUAUUUAUUGAAACAAAAUGUUCGAAGCACGCCUAGUUCAGAGUUCAAUUUUAAAGAAAGUGUUGGAGGCUAUAAAGGAAUUAUUAAAUGAAGCCACAUUUGAUUGUUCCGAUUCUGGAAUACAGCUUCAAGCAAUGGACAACUCCCACGUUAGCUUGGUAUCAAUGAACAUGCGAAGUGAUGGAUUUGAUAAAUACAGGUGUGAUAGAAAUAUUUCAAUGGGAAUGAAUCUAGGCAGUAUGACCAAGAUCCUUAAAUGCGCUGGUAAUGACGAUGUUGUUACAAUGAAGGCCCAAGAUAAUGCUGACACUGUAACUUUUGUGUUUGAAUCUCCAAACCAAGAGAAAGUAUCAGAUUAUGAAAUGAAACUGAUGAAUUUGGAUCAAGAGCAUCUUGGAAUUCCUGAGACUGAUUAUUCGUGUGUCAUCAAAAUGCCAGCUGGUGAAUUUGCUCGAAUCUGCAGAGAUUUAAGUCAGUUUGGAGAAUCAGUUGUGAUUGCUUGUUCCAAGGAAGGUGUGAAGUUCUCUACAGCUGGAGAUAUUGGCUCAGCAAAUGUCAAAAUUGCCCAAACUGCAAAUGUUGAUAAGGAAGAAGAAGCUGUAACCAUUGAAAUGCAGGAGCCAGUAACACUUACAUUUGCAUCAAGAUACUUAAAUUCUUUCACAAAAGCUACAUCACUUUCUCCGGUGGUUCAACUUUCUAUGUCUUCUGAUGUUCCUCUUGUUGUUGAAUACAAGAUUGGAGAUAUGGGUCACAUAAGAUAUUAUUUGGCUCCCAAAAUUGAAGAUGAUGAGAAUUAAAUGCUUGGUGUGCUGAACUUGUCAGUGAAGAUGUACGAUGUUUUUAAUGCAAUGGUUUUGUAUAAUGUGUUAACUAUUCUGUAUAGCAGCAGUUUUGUCAUUACAACAUAUUUUUUACAUGCCUGCAGUUUUAUUAAUGUUUUUGAUCCUGCCAUUACAUUAUAUUAGUAUCAAUACAGCAUUUGGGAACAUCAGUAAAACUGUGGAUUAUAUCGCUUCCCAAUAAAACCUCAUUAAAAAGGAUGGCCACUCUGAAAAACGAGAGAAAAUCAGGAAAUUUCAUAAAUCUGAUAAUGCCAAUAUUUUAAUAGAAAUCAGGACUUCUGCCCUACUUUUCACUUAUUUUCCUUUUAGAACAUCAUUAUUUCAUAAUCCAAAAAAUUAAAAAAAUAUUAAGAUAUUCACCGGGUUUUUUAAUUUGUUAACACUCUUCCUCACCUAUCUAUCCUCGAAAACUUUCAGAAUUGUCAGGAUCCAAAGACCACUUCAUGCAGCUGUCCUGUUGACUACUCUUGUUUUGCCAUCAAAGUGUGCCAGACAGUACAAAAUGUCCAAGAUGAUGAAUGUAGAACCAGAUUAUGCAGUUCAGAAUGUGAUGUAGAGAUCUGAAGGAAAAUUCUAUUUCUAGGUAACUGGCAGUAGAUAUGCAAGUGCACAGCCAUUUAGCGAGCAGCAUCUAUGGAACGUUCAUUAUGAAUUGAACUUACUUUUUCAGAGUUGAUGACUGACUUAUUUCAUUUGUGUGCUAGUUAUAAAUGUGUGAGGGUAUACAGGGUGACCACUAUCUGAAUUUCAAUUCC